AAGUCUAGACUUGUCUUCUGUGUGAAAUAUCUUUGCAAUUUUGUCUUCAUCUUCAAUGACCCACACGGUUUUAUAUAACAUUGCCCCUACAAGAAUCCGAGAUAAACAAAACCAAAGUGAGAGUGAGAAACUGGAAAAGUACGGAAGAAAAGACUCAAACCAUGGUUUACAAGCUUGAACUUGCUCUGUUUAUGUUUGUGUCUCUCUUGUUCACAAGGGUAACCAGUGGGGAUGUUAGUCUCACCUACAAUGGCUUCGGAUCGGCCAAUUUAAGCCUUGACGGACUAGCCCAGGUCACCUCCAAUGGCCUUCUGGUGCUCACCAAUUGGACCAGACAACUGACGGGUCAUGCGUUUUACCCAAAUCCAGUACCCUUCAAGAACUCCACGAACGGUACUGUUUUAUCCUUCUCCACUACCUUCGUUUUCGCUAUUAUUCCACAAUACCCUGAUCUGAGUGGUCAUGGAAUUGCUUUCGUGAUUGCGCCAACAAGGGGGCUCCCAGGGGCUCGUCCAAGCCAGUAUAUUGGCCUCUUCAACGAGACCAAUAAUGGGAAUUACACCAACCACGUUGUGGUUGUCGAGCUUGACACGAUUGUUAGCAGUGAAUUUAGCGAUAUCAAUGACAACCAUGUUGGGAUUGAUAUUAAUGGAUUGAAAUCUGAAGCAGCAAAACCAGCAGGAUAUUAUGAUGACAAAACGGGUCGAUUUAGCAAUUUGACUCUGAUUGAUACGAAGAGGAUGCAGGUUUGGGUGGAUUAUGAUGGUGAGAAGAAGCGGAUCUGUGUCACUUUAGCUCCAUUUAAUGUUGGAAAACCCAAGACACCAUUGGUUUCUCUGACUCGUGAUUUGUCUCCAAUUUUUAACGACGAGAUGUAUGUUGGAUUCUCAUCAGCAACUGGGUCGGUCUUGACGUCUCAUUAUGUUUUGGGUUGGAGUUUUAAACUGAAUGGCCAAGCUCAAGAUCUCGAUCUCUCGCAGCUUCCCAAGCUUCCUAGAAUUGGAGAGGUGCUUGAAGAUUGGGAGCUUGACUAUGGGCCUCAUAGAUUCAAAUUCAAAGACUUGUAUGUUGCCACAAAAGGAUUUAGGGACAAGGAGUUACUGGGUGUUGGGGGAUUUGGCAGGGUCUAUAGAGGUGUAUUGCCAACCACAAAAGUCGAGAUUGCUGUGAAAAGGGUCUCCCAUGAAUCAAGACAGGGCAUGAGAGAAUUUGUAGCGGAAAUUGUAAGCAUUGGUCGGCUUCGCCACCGGAAUAUAGUGACCCUCUUGGGUUAUUGCCGGAGAAGAGGAGAGCUGCUUCUGGUAUAUGAUUGCAUGCCCAAUGGAAGCUUAGACAAGUACCUUUAUGACCAACCAAAAGUGAGGUUGAAUUGGAAUCAGAGAUUUAAAAUCAUCAAAGGUGUAGCAUCUGGCCUGUUCUAUCUCCACGAGGAGUGGGAGCAAGUUGUGAUUCACAGAGAUGUCAAGGCAAGCAAUGUCCUUUUAGAUGGUGAAAUGAACGGAAGAUUAGGAGACUUUGGUCUAGCAAGAUUAUAUGAUCAUGGAACAGACCCUCAAACAACCCAUGUUGUUGGAACACUUGGGUAUCUAGCACCAGAGCAUACUCGAACAGGGAAGGCCACAACAAGCACUGAUGUGUUCGCCUUUGGUGCGUUUUUGCUUGAAGUUGCUUGUGGAAGAAGGCCAAUUGAACCACAAGCACCAACAGAGGAUUUAAUCUUGGUUGAUUGGGUUUUCUCGUAUUGGAUUAGAAGUGAAAUUAUUGAGGCCAGAGACCCAAAUCUUGGCACAGAUUAUGUAGCGGGUGAAGUGGAAAUGGUGAUGAAACUUGGGUUGCUGUGCUCACAUUCUGACCCAUUUGCCAGGCCAAGUAUGCGACAAGUGGUGCAGUAUUUGGAAGGAGAUGUUGCGUUGCCUGAUUUGUCAUAUAUUGGUCUAUCUCCAAGUGGUUUAACAUUUGCAAAUAGAGAAGGUUUCGAUGAUUUCGCCAUGUCCUAUCCGUCAUCCUUAGGUAAAUCCUUCACACAGAGUCAGUCGUCGUCGGUUGCAGCGACGCUUCUGUCAGGCCCCCGAUGAUCUGUUCUUCUUUUUUCUUUUCUUUUUUAUUUUAAUAACAUGUUACGACAAAUGAAAGAUGGGAAUUUGUGACUUGUGAGGAGUCAAUGCUAUGUAAAUCAUGAAUUAAUUGCCAUUAGAAUGGUUGAGUCA